CGCAAGACAUCGAAACAUUUGGAGAAGUCAGAAUGUGGUACACGAGAAGCCGUCUUUUAUAUUUGGAGCAAUCGAGAGACUGCUACUAAAGCCCAUGUGCCUGAUUGAUCAAGAAAGAUACAAGAAAUUCGGGAGGGUGUUUGGUGCCUUCGAGCAAGGGAAACCCUGCCUCUUUGUCGCAGAGCCGGACCUUAUAAAGCAGGUCUUGGUCAAGGACUUUACACGCUUACCAAACAGAGUGCUUGGAAAAACAUCGAUUCCUGUAUUAGACAACAUGAUUAUCAGGGCCCCCGUAGAGCGCUGGCGACCGAUCCGUACCACGACAAGCCCAGCGUUCUCCACAGGAAAGCUGCGUAAGAUGAACUCUAUGAUUCAGAAAUGUGCAAUGAUAAUGUCAAACCACCUCAAUGAAGCUGCGGAGACCAAGGAAGACGUUGACUUGAGAAGACUAUACGGGCACUACACCCUCGAUGUGAUAGCAAGGUGCGCCUUUGGCACAAUCAUUAAUUCUCACGUAGAGACCUCGAAUGUGUUUGUGGAGAACGUCAACAAGUUAUUUUCGGAAAGAAGAAUGUCUUGGAGGAUAGCUGUUGCAAUGUUGUUUCCUGGACUCAUGAAGUACUUUCCGCGCAUCAUGAAGGAGAGACGCCAGGCUGGCAAGCGUCACGAGGAUUUCUUGCAACUCAUGAUGGACGCCCAGGAAGGUUGCCUGGCCUCAGCCGAGGACAGCACGGAGGAGCCCGAAAACGAGAUCUUCGAUGUUGGCUGUGAUACUAAGCUGUCUUCGACGAAGAAUAAUAAACGUCUUAGUGAAUUGGAGGCCACGGCACAGUGCGUAAUCUUCUUCCUGUCUGGUCAAGAAGCUGUGUCCACCACGAUAACGUUUGCCGCGUACCAUCUCGCACUUAAUCCUAUCAUCCAAGAAAAACUCCAAAAAGAAGUGGAAGAGUGUAUCGCGGCGAAUGGCUCGGAACCAAGUUUAGACGUCAUAUCGAAGUUGAAGUAUCUUCAUUGUGUAGUUUCGGAAACACUACGCAUACUUCCAAUCGCAUCAAGGCUUGAACGGUGCGGCUACGAAGAUUACGUCUUCGGUGACACUGGCAUCAAGCUUCCCAAAGGGUGCACCGUAUAUAUCCCUGUAUAUGCUCUGCAUCAUGACCCGGAGUUCUUUCCCGAUCCUGAGAGUUUCAAGCCUGAGCGGUUCAGUGAAGAAAAUGUGGGAUCCAUUCGACCGUACACGUAUCUUCCUUUCGGCGCUGGUCCACGGAACUGCAUUGGAAACCGCUUUGUGAUUCUAACGAUCAAGCUUUGCCUGUUUCAUUCAGUGCGCAGUGUUGAGUUUACUCGCACUAGCAAGACUAAGGUUCCCUUGAGCAUCAAGAGAGGGCUCGGUGGCUUGUGUACAGAAGACGUCACUCUCGGAAUACAGAAAAGGCGUGACCAACGCCUUGGAGGAGGGGGUUUAGAAAAGUAUGCACAAUUAACGAGUGAAAAUACUUAAUAAAUAUGCUCUUCCAGUGGCGAAAAUUGCUGCGGCAAUCGAAGCUUGCCAGAAAGAUACGCAUGUGGUCACCCAAUAAUAAAU